GACUUCUUCGAAGACCUUUCUCAUCCUUGUUUUGCGCCAGCACAAGGAGAAGAUCUCUCUCUCUCUCUCUCUCUUAAAUCUUGUAUCUUCGAAGACAUAGACAUAGACAUAGUAGAGUAGAGUUGGAGAAGAAAAGGGGUUCAAGUCAUAGAAGCGCAAUGCCUGCUCAAAAGCGUCAUCCAUCCUCUUCCUCUUCUUCUUCUUCAUCCUCCUCCUCCUCCUCCUCCGAGGAUCUCCAAGACGAGGACUCCUCUCCUCCACAGCAGAGCCGUCGCAAGCAAUCGCGAAGAGAAGAGAGAGUAGCCGAUGAACAAGGAGACACCGAGGAACAAGUGAAUGAUGAGCUAUCGGAAGGAGAAGGAGGAGAAGGAGAAGACUCCCACAGUAGCCGCUCAUCCGACGACCCAACAAGACUACCCGAAUGGAUAUCUGCUGACUUGCUUUCCCUUCGUACCUAUGUUCAAUGUCCAAUAUGUUUAGGUAUUAUCAAGAAAACAAGAACUGUGAUGGAAUGCUUACACCGUUUUUGCAGGGAAUGCAUUGACAAGUCAAUGCGAUUGGGUAACAAUGAGUGUCCUGCUUGCCGCACACAUUGUGCUAGUCGACGUUCUUUGAGAGAUGAUCCAAGAUUUGACACAAUGAUUGAAGUCUUAUAUCAAAAUAUUGAGAAGUACGAGGAAGAGGAAUUGGCUUUUCAUGAAGAGGAGAAAACCCGUAACAAGCAGAUACAAGAGUCCAUUGCUCAAAUAUUUCGAAGACAGUCAGAAGCGCUUGCAACCAAACGCUGCAAAUCAUCUAAAGAUGUGUACACUCCAAGAUUGCCAAGAAAUUGUCGUCAUUCAUACUCCAGAAGAAGACGGAGUAGCCAUGGAACAGAACUUGAAAUAUCUGAUGAAGACAAUAGCUAUGAUGGAAACAAAGAUUCAUCUUCAGCUGAUGAAGGGGUAAUGGAAGUUAAGCAAAGGAGACACAAGAGAAGACCGUUGUCUAACCCUUCUUCGUCGACUGUGAACUCUGAUGGAGGAGGAUGUGCAAAUGAAUUGGAAGCAAGCAGGGAAAUCAGGGGAGUUUCGGAAAUACUCGGUUGGGGUGGAGGUGGUGCUCGGAGCAGGAGUCUUCGGAGCUCUCGCCUGUCAAAGCUGAAAGGAUAUCUUGAAAUUUCUAAAGGUGGUGAUGAUAAGUUUGACGUUCAUCUGAUGCUUAUUUCCUUGGAUUCGAAGACAGUUCCGAGUCUGGGUCAGCCAUUUCUCUGUUGUCGUCCCAACUUGUUGGUUGAACACCUUCACAAUUAUGUCUCACAUGAGGCUGAAGUGCGGGCUGAAGAUGUUGAAAUUCUGCUAGUGAGGAGGCGUGAUACUGCUGCCAACAGCCUGGAUGCUGAUAUAGGCAUAGACCUUUCAAUGUUAAUAGGAAACAACAGCUUACCACCCUCUGAGUCCGAGUUGGUUGCUUUCUGCAACAAGGCAAUACUUGAGCCUUUGGAAGGGAAAGAAACAUUAGCAAGUCUUUCAACUUCUUCGGGUGUGAACCAUUUGAUUCUUGCAUAUAGGAAGAAAGGAUCUCCAAUUUAAGGAGUUGGAGGACUCUUGGCUUGCCUUUGGAGGAGAAAAUGGCGGCAGCUAUUUUAUUUAUUACCUUUUGAUCUUUUUGAGCACCCAGAAAACUACAUCUCCUCGCACCCUCAAGUGUGUGAUAAAAAUAUUACAUCUUCUCUCUAUUAUAACAUAAUAACUCACUCAGAGUCUUAUUUUAUUACUAUUUCUGAUUUGAAGAUGAACCGAAAAACUAGUUUUAUAUCCUCUCUUCUAUUCUAUUACCUUUUAACAUAUUGGAGGGGUUUUGCAAGAUUAUUAAAUA